AUGGAUGGUGCUGCUGACCAUCGCUCUUCGGGAGUCAAGCCGAGUGGAGCGAGCCAUGCGCAGGCAGCCGUCGAGUUUACUCAGCAAGCCGAGAAGCUGUCACACCAGUCGACCCUAAGCCAAGACCAUCCCGAGACGGUUGCGAUCGAGGCCCAGUUUGUCACACCCCAGGAUCCAGUUAUUGUAACCGCAGAUGGCAGUCGACUGCCUGCGGUGCCCCUCGAAGAAGCCUGGAAACUGAACGUCUUGAAGAAAGAGUUGGAUGAUGAAAAGCCACAAGACGCAAUAGAGGAGGGGCAGGAGCUUCAGCACGCGGCUUCACAGCAAGGGCAGAAUGGCUCGAGCAGCCAGCCCGUAGAACUGGCGCCUCAGACCGGCGGCAGGUCUAUGCAGAAACAAACCGAGGGUUCACUCAGCAAAUCGAUGCCGCCUUCGCACACGAAUCCAUUGUUCCCACCACUGCCGUUGUAUGGGCCGGCUUCAUUGCUUCGAGAUGCGCAGUGCUGGACAUUCCGAGCCUCCUCGUUCUUCCUGAGCGCAGGGUUUCUGGGUGUAAUUGUACUGGGCGCCCUAUUUACAACCAUACCGACGGUCGUAGCACAUGGCUGGAAGCGACUGACACUCCAAGAUCCGCACGCGGACCGCCCCUUCUACCAAGAAGAGCUCCGGAGGCAGCAGACACGGCGAGAAAUAGAGAAGUCAUGGAGACGCAGGAAGUCACAGGAUAGAAUCAGUGGGGACAGGGAAGAUUCACAGGCCAACGACGGUUUCGUGCCUACCGAGGGCGGCCCCGAUCGCGUGAUUUGCGACGUCGGAUACUAUGCAAGGAGGGUUGGGUUGGAUAUGGAGAAAUUUGAAGUUCAAACUGAGGAUGGCUUUGUCAUCGAACUAUGGCACAUCUACGACCCGAAGGAGUACACGAGAUUGGACGAUGAGAAGAGGGCACACCGCGGUCCAGAACUCUUCACGGGCGAGAGUCGGAAGAAGUUGAAGGACCCCAGCCAGAAGCGCAAGUUUCCGGUCCUACUGAUGCACGGUUUACUACAAAGCUCCGGGGCAUACUGCGUUAAUGACGACGACUCGCUUGCUUUCUAUCUUUGCAAGUCUGGAUACGACGUCUGGCUGGGUAACAACCGAUGCGGGUUCAACCCGAAGCACGUUCUCCUGGAAUACUCAGACCCCAGAAUGUGGUGCUGGAAUAUUCGGCAGAUGGGCGUCUUCGACUUGCCUGCGCUGACCUCGAGAGUUCUCUUCGAGACUGGGUUCGAGAAGAUCGGCCUGGUUUGUCACUCGCAAGGCACCACGCAAACUUUCGUGGCACUCGCCAAGGAGCAGAGACCAGAGCUGGGAGAGAAGCUCACAGUUUUCUGCGCUCUUGCACCAGCGACUCAUGCGGGGCCCCUGAUUGGAAAGAUGUACUUCAAAUUCAUGAGGGUAAUUACACCUGCCAUGUUCCGGAUCAUGUUCGGCAUACAUGCUUUCAUCCCGCUCAUGAUGUCGAUGCAUGCGAUACUACCCGCUUCGAUCUAUGGCUGGCUAGGCUACAAGGUCUUCUCAUUCCUGUUCGACUGGACUGACACGCGCUGGGAUCGAGCACUGAAGGACCGCAUGUUCCAGUUCGCCCCUGUGUACGUGAGUGCCGAGUCAAUGCGCUGGUGGCUGGGCCGAGAAUGCUUCGCGAAGCAUAAGUGCAUCCUGCAGACUAGGGAAGACUCGCGAGCUGAGGAUAGAGAAGACGCCGAGACCGACGGACCCCUUGGGGACACGCAAGGGGAGCGGAGGGACUCUGCUGUGGCAGAGAGGCCAUCCGGCGAUCAUCCUCACCAGAAAGGGAGGCCCACGGGUUCAACCGCUUGGUACAAUGAGCAAGUCUGCCCAUUUGCCUUGUGGGUAGCUGGCAGCGAUGACCUGGUUGACGGGGGGAAACUCCUUCGACGCUUCAAGCGUGGGAGGGAGCCGCAUGUCCAAGUCGUCCACGCCAAGACCAUCCCAGAAUACGAGCAUCUAGACGUUAUAUGGGCCAUGGACGCUGUAGACCAGAUCUUUGGCGAACUUCGUGAAGUAUUGUGGAAGACGUGCAAUGUCAGAGACGAGUGUCGAGUUCCAAAGGGUUGCGAGGCCGUUGCUCCUUGGGUACCCGGAACCCCCAGGGAGAAUGUUGACGAUAUCGAACAGUCGAGCAGCGAUUCGGCGUGA